GACAAAAUGUUUCAUUUCUGGGUCAAUACAUUCUUCAUACCAGGACUGGAAGAAAAUUCUGACAAAGUAGAAAAUGGAAGUCUUCUUGGAGAUCAGGAACUUGAUGGAAUUUUCAGUACAGAGCGUUCAGAUAAUGACAAGGAAUAUUUAAUCCUUACACUAACAAAAAAUGAUUUGGACAAGGCAAAUAAGGACAAGGCAAAUCGAUAUUUUUCUCCAAACUUUAGAGUGAAGCUAUUUUUCACAAAAACAGUAGAAGAGCCAUCCAACCCAGAAGCUAGCAGCUCAACUUCAGUAACACCGGAUGUUAGUGAUAAUGAACCUGAUCACUAUAGGUAUUCUGACACCACUGACUCUGAUCCAGAGAAUGAACCUUUUGAUGAAGAUCAGCAUACACAGAUUACUAAAGUCUGAAUAUUUUUUUUUUUAUUUGGGAAAAAAUACCACAAAGAAGAAAACUUGAAUAAACUGAAUUAUGGACCUUUUAAAAUGGCAAUAGGACAUUGUGUCAGAAUUAUCUGUUGUAGGAACAGUUCUUUACCUGACCAAUCUCAUUUUGCCCUAUUAAGCCUUUGGCUUGACACUUGUCCCAUUGAAAAAAGAAAAAGGUUACGUAGCUAUGUUAUGUAUAUACCUUUUGGUAUCAAGAGGACAUUGAAAUUUCAAUUAGGAAUACACAAAAAUGGCACUUUCCCAUUUGAUUCCAGUUUUAUAAAAGUGGAGACAGAUCUGAUGUGUAUACGUAGGAAUCUUCCUUUUGUGUUCUGUCACCAACUGAAGUUCCUGUAAAGCUCUUUCUAAUACACAGGUUCACAUCCUGCCCCUUUCUUUGCACUUUUGUGGCAACAGAUAAGUCUGCAGUUGGCUCAGAGAAGUUACUGGGUUUUACUACAUUCAGAUGCAUGUACCAUGGAUAGGAGUGUGGAAGGAGAAGCUGAGAAAGGAAUGUUCUGUGCUGGACCCUGGACUGUGUACCAUUUCUAGCUUACAUGCACCUCUUUCGCAUGCUACAGUAAUAAAUCCUGGACAUUUGAGGAAUUGCCGCUGUCACUGCUUGUUUGUGCAUUUUAUUUUUUUAAGCAUAAUGGUGCUAGAAAAGGCAGCUGGAGGGGAACAGGAAUGAACCUUCAAUGGCAUCAUAAAAGCUCUAUGAAUAAAGGGAUAAGAAAAAAUGUGGUUAUACGUGAAACAAACUGUAGGUGUUCAGCUUGCACACACAAGGGUUAAAAGUGAGGUGACUGGGUGGGCAUACAAGCUCCACCCCAACAUCCCUGCACAUCUAGCUCGUCUGCAGAAUGUCACAUAUACCUGUAGUCACUAAGAUCUGUAGGGAGUUAUAAUGCUGCAAAGAAUGUAAUUACUGUUCAAUGUUUGGAAAGCUUGAUAAGGCUGGAGUCCCCAUUGCCAGAGUUGCAGGUGUAUCAGAUUGAACACGGCACCCCCUGCAGAUCUUCCUGCUCUAGGCAUGGGGAUGUUGUGGGUGAUGCUUACCUGUGCACCCUCACCCUUGGGAUACUUUCAGUGCAUAUGUUUGCAGUCUGAAUGCCUGCAGAGGGCUACAAUAAUAAUAACUUAAUCGUACCAAUGUGAUAGUUAUCUAGCAGAAACGGGCUUACAAAAUUGUUUUGUGUGUUACAAUUGCCAUUCCCCGAGCUUUGGAUGAAAAACGUUGGAGCAAUAUUUUUUCUAAAAAAAACAAUAACAACCCUCCCCCCCCCUUUUUUUUGUCUUUCAAAACAUUUAGAAUUGCCAUUUUGAUUUUCUGUGUAAAAACCUGUUUGCUUAUUGGUUAACAUGUUCAUUAUUAGUUAUCCCACUUGAGUAAACAAAUUUGAAAUCCAUUGUGCCAGCCCAUUAGCAUUAAUAACAAGGUUGUAGUGGCAACUAGUCAAGGCAAAACUCAGGCUGAAUACUGGACAAAGGAGCAAGCUUGCUCCUUCAACAUUCAUUGGUGAAUUUUGUUAUCUUUCCUAAUCCUGUGUGUAGUUCUGUGCGUAUAAUUUUAUACUGAUUUUUAAUAGAGCUUGCAUGUAGCUGCACAGAAUCAUAGCUUUCAUCCAUUAUGUAAACUUUUUAAAAAGCUAAUGUUCAGGCUUCCUAAGUUGAUCCAGUUCUACAAUAUGGAAGAUGGAGAUUUGAUUGGCAAGAGGUGACUUCAGAAUUACCUCUGGUUUUUGUCCAGUGAACUGCAUUGAACUUGGCUUUUAUUCAACAAUUUUGCAAGCGACAUUAGCUACCUGAAAAAGUAGUGCUUUAAACUAUUUGGAUGUUGACAGUGUUCAAUGUCUUGUACAGUUCUGCUAUUUAGCAGGGAGCGCCGGAUUGGAAAUUGUUGAAUGGCUUUUUGCACUGUUGUUUUUCCUUUGGAGUGUGAAGGUCUGAGUAAGGGUUUUGGAUUUUGAAUGUGUCAGUGGUUCUGAGAAGCCUUGCUUAUGUUUUUAUGGUAUAGUCAUUGGAAAGGAAAAUGUCAUUAUUUAUAUAUACAUAUAUAUGUAUGUAUGUAUAACAUAUAUAUUAUGCAUACUCUCCUAUACUUUAUUUCAGCUACCAUCCCAUAGAACAUGGCAAGAAUUCCUCUGACUGAAAGGUUUGAGUCAUAAUUCAAACUUUAUUUAUAGCAGUAGUCAUCAUUGGCGUGAAAAUGCAUUCUCCUUUGGUAAUUUCUUGAGUUUCUGAACUGUGUGCUUAAAUUCUCGGAUGUACAGUAGCUUACAUGUCUGAAAUUACUUGAAGGCAUCUUGACAGGAGCUUACUGUUAGGCCCUGUGCCAUCCCUCCUCAUCUGUAGUCCAACUUCCAAUAGUUUGUUACAAUAGUUAAAGGGCAGUCGUAUAAAUUAGCACCAAGGGUUUUUGCUGUGGCAUGGUUGUAAACCGAAGGGUCGUUUAUAUGCAGCAUCAAUUGCUUUCAGCUUUAAGGGAGGGAAAAAGGAAGAAAUAAGUUUAGGGUGCCAGUGUACAGUUCCAUGUUUAAAUUCUAGCAACGUGCAAUAUGUUAACGAUGCCUGUGGUUGCCACAAAGUGCCUCGUUUACCUUUUUUAAAAUACUGUUAAAAUGUGUCAUGCAUGCAGAUGGAAGGGGUGGAACUGUGCACUAAACGGAGGCUUUAAUUGCAGUGCUUGGGUAAAGCUGCCUCUUUACUCUGCCAGUUCAAAAUUCUCAGUUUGUUUUCAUAUAGAACACACACACACACACACACACACACUUACUUUACAAAAAUCUAUUUAAGCAGCCUUAUUCUGAUUCAGCCUCUUCAGAUACUAUUGUGCUGUGCAACAGUGGCUCUGUGUGUAAUGCUAUGCACACAACAAGAAAAUGACAUGUACAGGUUAAUGUCUCAUAUGAAUCAGAUGUCCGUUUGUUAUUGUGUUUAACAGCCCUUUAUCUUAGUGUUAAAACUCCACUUAAAACUGAUUAAAGUUUCAUUCUUGUCA